GGACCAGGAGAUUAAAGCACGCAUCAGCACCAAAUCAAGGAAGCGUUAACUAAUACAGCUCAUUCAUAAGCGAUCAACUCCCUGGCUUGUGCACAGUGGCGGUUGACCAAAGAGAAUAACAACAUUCAGAAGAAUGUUAUGGGAUAAAUAAUUAUACUUUUAUUCUCAAUGAAAUGCUGGCUUAAAAUUUAUAAACAAAUCUGGAUCCAUUUAUCAAUUAUCAAGGAUGUACAAACUGGACAAAAUGACACCUGCUAAUUGGAUAUUAUUUUUAACUUCAGUAAUCGCAUUAAUUCAAAAAAACAGGACACAAUCAUGCAAUGAAACAAGCAUCAUAUCCUGCAUGUACGACCGCCAAAACCAGAAGUGCGUGUGCGAAAAUAUGGACUGUGUGCCACACGAACAAAUUUGUUUCCACGUUGAGGCACUGGAGCUCACGUUGGGGACGUACACUUACAUUCCAUCGCAGGCAUUCACUGAUUAUUAUCGUUUGAAAUUUCUUACAAUAUCGAAUAGCGCUGUUCAGGAAAUACACAGCGGCGCAUUUGACGGUUUGAACUUAUUAGAAAAACUACAUUUAAAAUCUAACAAACUUGAGAUAAUCUAUCCCAGAGCAUUUGAUGGCCUAUUCAACUUGACAUUAAUAAAUCUGCAAGAUAAUUAUAUUCAAUAUCUUCCGCAUGGACUAUUUUAUGAUCUGAAGCAAAUAUCCUUGCUGUUCUUGAGUGGGAACCCAUUUAAAGAUAGUGCAUUGGAAUAUUUUGAUCAACCUAUGCCUUUAACUUUAUUACAUUUGGAAAGGAUUAAUAUGACAUCGUUGUUGCCAGGAUGUUUCAAAAAUCUCCCCAAUUUGCAAAUCUUAUCGUUAACAGGUAAUUUUUUAGAGACUAUUGAGAUGGGUACAUUUCAAGAUCUUCCUUCUCUGUUGAGGCUUGAUUUAAGUAAAAAUAAUUUAAAAACAAUAGCAGAGAAGAGCUUCAGAUCUAACUUAAACCUUACUCACUUAUUUAUCAAUAUAAAUAAUAUGGCAAACUUCCAGCAACUUCUGAGAACACUGCCCUCAAACCUGGAGUUCCUUUCAGUCUAUGCAAAUAACUUCACGCAAAUAGGUGGACUUAAAACAGGACAACCUAUUAAGCUUAUAAAUCUGGACAUAUCUUUCAAUCAUAUCGCGUCUUUAAACUCGGAUUCGUUUCGAGGGCUGCCAUCUUUGGAAGAAGUGAAUUUAGCAGGGAACGAACUUGAAGUUGUAGAUUUGACCAUUUUUCCACAGUCGAUUAAGAAAAUAUUAUUGUCAGAAAAUCAUAUUGAAAAUUUAAUAUUACCAACUACAACAGACUGUCUACCUCACUUAAGAAACCUCAAAUUACUUAAUAAUAAACUGAAAACAUUUCCUGUUGCUCUGCUGGAAUUGACUACAAAUUUGAACAGUUUAGAUUUAAACUUCAACCCUAUUGUAUGUGACUGUUAUACAAAGGAACAAUCAAGCGCUGGUACAACCAACAGUUCAAUUCUCCAAAUUAGUACCCACUGUUCCAAUUCUGGAGACUCAGCCAUAAACGAGAUUCCUUCACACGAUGCAUCAAUUCUGUCAAGUAAUUGUAUUGAACCUGUUGUAUUAGCACAUUUUGAUCAUCUAGAUGUUCUUCAAGGGAGUACAGUCACUCUUAACUGCUCUGUUACAGGAAUUCCACAUCCAAGAGUCACCUGGAUUGGUCCAAAUGGUGAAGCAUUAUUUGGGAAAUAUGAUUACGCACAUGAGAUCACAUUGCUUGAUGUCAGCGAUGCUGGUAAAGCCAAUAACGGAACUUAUAUGUGCUUGGCUAUAAACUCUGAGGGAGUUAGUAAUGCUUCCAUCUCUGUCUUUGUCAUUCCACAGAAAGAAGAGUUUUCCACUCCUUCCUUUUCUACAGUGAUGGCAACACAUGUACCUCAAACACAAGCAACCCAAACUGUUUUAAAAACUGUAACUGAAUUUGAAUCAAUCAAGACAACAAUAGAAACACAACUGCUAACAGACACACCAUCACAAUCAGAAUUCCUAACAACUACAACGACAUCAGUUUCAUUCCAAGAUAACACAAAGGAAAAAUCAACCAUAUCAAUUUUAACAUCAGAUUUAGUUAGUACAACAGAGGUGAGCCAAACAAGACAUUCCACAUCAGUGGAUUCAGAUCACACAACAGAAGAUUUUUCUUCAGUCAGUGUGGAAGUCUCAACAAUCAUUUCUGUUAUGGGGAAUACUGGCACUGAAGAAAUUCAAUUAGAUCUCUCCAGUUCAUCACCUACAACAGAGGUGAGCCAAACAAGACAUUCCACAUCAGUGAAUUCAGAUCAAACAACAGAAGAUUUUUCUUCGAUCAGUGUGAAGGUCUCAUCUCAAAUUUCUGAUUUGGGGAAUACUGACACUGAAGAAAUUCCAUUAUAUCUCUCCAGUUCAUCACCUAACAUUAAAACUACAACCAGAAUUAAUAGGAUAAUGGAAGAGAAAUCAACAAUUGUCAGCAGAAUUCUACAGACCUCAGUGACAUCAAAUCAACAGAGCACCAUCAGAAAUGUGAUUGAAAUGACCACAGAAAACAGGAACAUAGAGACCACACAUCUAUCAAACAUCAGAAAAAAGAGUUCAAAGGAGAUUGUCAUAACAUCUCUCUUAUCUAUCAUUACAGUAGUAAUCAUUUUAGCACUUGUUAAAUGCUUGAUAAAGAAAGUUAGAUUAAAACUAAGAAAACCAAUGAAUGUGUUCCUUCUUAACGACUUCAAUGAGGAAUUAUGGAAAGAUGAGGAAAUAUCACAGGAGGAAGGCAAUAUUUGUGAAUCUCAGAUACAUGUAGGGCUUUUAUCAAAUUUUAAGGAAUAUACAUAUGGAUAGUUGUGCAUAUAAUGUUUACAAGUUCAUGACAGAACUUUCACUAUGUUAGACAAUUACCAAAGGCUAAGGAUUUUACAUGAAUAGCAAGUCAUACAGUAUUUUCAAUAAUCCCACUGUUUUAUAAUGCAAUGCAUGGUUUAGUGGACACAGUGCAUGCCUUCGAAAAUACCAAGUUCAGUGGCUCAAACAUUGCACAUUUCAGGAUGUUGUUUAUUGGUAUUGUUCACUUAUAAAUGUUGGAUGGGAAUAGCAUAUUAAAAGCAAACUUUUCAGUAUAAGGUGUGGUUAUA